GAGACGGAACGGGAAUAAACUUGUACCAGUGUGCCAGAUCGAGCACAGGACUUUGUUUUUCUAAUUCAUUCUUCCUGUCUCCCCUCGACUCGACCCUGUUGGGACUGCCUAUUUUCUCUCAAGCUCUUUUUGAUAAGCUUGGAUCUCACCGGUGACAGCGCUCAGUGAGUGAGCGCGGAGAGAGAGAGAGAGUGAGCGAGUGAGUGCGAGAGAGAGAACAGCGGGGAGGAGACUGGUGUGUGUAUGCGGAGAGGAGAGCGAGUCUCCGGGCAUCGGCGGUGCGCCUUUGCGCGGUGGGGACCCUCGAUCGGACUAAACCGCGGUGGCCCCCCGGCGUACACAGGUUUUUUUUUUUUUUUUUUUCUUGGUAAAAUAACCUGGACCAUGACUUAUUUUGGGGGGACUCUGGGGAUGAUCUAGUGGUCCUUUUGUCAGAAUACGGGAUAUUGGAUCAUAUUCUCCACUCCACGCAUGUUAGAAGUGGAGAGAGGAGGGCUGGAUACCCACGGGUGUGAGAGUCCUCAAGUCGCAGCCACGGAUUACCUCCUGCCUGGGCAUCGCUUUACGGAGUAGGGACACAAAGGGGAGCGGGUUAUUUCUCUUGAUUUCUUCUUGCUUUGCCUUCUUUGGAGAGGAUAUGGCACCGUCGGCGCUGGAGAGAGGAGCGCACCCGGCAGAGGAGAGAGGAAACAGGAGCUGAAUGACAGGAUGCCAGCGACCUGAGACCGUACUCAGAUCAGUUCAAACUGCAUUCAAAGAAACACUUCUGCUUUAUUUUUUUUUGUCGAGUUUAGGCGGAAAAAGGACGAAGAAGAAUACUGCUCUAAACCCUUUUGAGGAGUUUUAUUUCCCUUUUUUGUGUGUAUGCGUAAUUUUAUUUUUUUUGGUCACAAACCAAGGAUGCAUUGUGGAUUGGUUUUUAUCCUGUUCAUGGGAAUCCUCUUGGUGGCCAGGGCUUUCAAAAACGAUAAAUGUGGAGACAACAUCAGAAUCACAAACGCCAACUACCUCACCUCGCCCGGCUACCCGACGUCUUAUCUCCCCUCUCAGAGAUGCGUGUGGGUGAUAACGGCGCCGGGUCCUCACCAGCGGAUCCUCAUCAACUUCAAUCCGCAUUUUGAUCUGGAGGACCGGGAGUGCAAAUAUGACUAUGUGGAGGUGCGGGACGGUGUGGAUGAGAGUGGACAGUUGGUGGGAAAGUACUGUGGGAAGAUCGCUCCGUCUCCGGUGGUCUCCUCUGGAAACCAGCUCUUCAUCAAGUUUGUGUCUGACUACGAGACCCACGGGGCGGGCUUCUCCAUCCGAUACGAGAUCUUCAAAACAGGUCCCGAAUGCUCCAGGAACUUCACCUCCAACAGCGGGGUCAUAAAGUCCCCCGGCUUUCCAGAGAAGUACCCCAACAACCUGGACUGCACCUUCAUGAUCUUCGCGCCCAAGAUGUCCGAGAUCGUCUUGGAGUUCGAGAGCUUCGAGCUGGAGCCCGACACGACGCCCCCCAACGGCGUCUUCUGCCGCUAUGACCGGCUGGAGAUCUGGGACGGCUUCCCAGGAGUCGGUCCAUACGUCGGGAGGUAUUGCGGGCAGAACACCCCCGGACGGAUCAUCUCCUACACGGGCAUCUUGGCGCUGACAAUCAACACGGACAGCGCCAUCGCUAAGGAGGGCUUCUCCGCCAACUUCACCGUCAUCGAAAGGACUGUUCCCGAGGACUUUGACUGCACUGAUCCUUUGGGGAUGGAGUCGGGUGAGAUAACGUCAGACCAGAUCGUAGCCUCGUCCCAGUACAACCCCAGCUGGUCCCCAGAGCGCUCCAGACUCAACUACUAUGAAAAUGCCUGGACGCCAGCAGAGGACUCUAAUAAGGAGUGGAUACAGGUGGACCUCGGGUUCCUACGGUUCGUCUCGGCCAUCGGCACCCAGGGCGCCAUCUCCCAGGAGACCCGGAAGACCUACUUUGUCAAGUCCUACAAAGUGGAUGUCAGCUCCAACGGAGAGGACUGGAUCACGCUGAAGGAGGGCUCCAAACAGAAGGUUUUUCAAGGUAACACCAACCCGACAGAUGUUGCCAAGACGAUGCUGCCUAAACCGACGCUGACACGCUUUGUCCGGAUCCGUCCAGUUACCUGGGAAACAGGCAUCGCACUGCGCUUUGAGGUGUACGGGUGUAAGAUAUCAGAGUAUCCAUGCUCGGGCAUGUUGGGCAUGGUGUCAGGCCUGAUCACCGAUUCCCAAAUCACGGCGUCCUCCCAUACAGACCGAAGCUGGGUGCCAGAGAACGCCCGUCUUCUGACCAGCCGGUCGGGGUGGACCUUGCUGCCCCAGCCCCAGCCCUUCGCCAACGAGUGGCUGCAGGUGGACCUCGGCGAGGAGAAGCUUGUGAGGGGGCUCAUCAUCCAGGGAGGGAAACACCGUGAGAACAAAGUCUUCAUGAAGAAGUUCCGCCUCGGCUAUAGCAACAAUGGCUCCGACUGGAGGAUCGUGCAGGACGCCAGCGGGAACAAGCCAAAGAUAUUUGAGGGGAAUAUGAACUACGAUACUCCAGAGCUGCGGACAGUGGAGCCCCUGCUGACCCGCUUUAUCAGAAUCUACCCUGAGAGGGCCACGCCUGCUGGGAUGGGCCUGCGACUGGAGCUCCUGGGCUGUGAGAUUGAAGCUCCUACUCUCCCUCCGACCACAUUGUUGCCCAGCACCACUCCAUCGGACGAGUGUGACGACGAUCAGGCGAGCUGCCACAGUGGCACAGGUGGGACCAUGAUACCAGAGACUACUACUGCUGAAGUGGACACCGUCCCAGCUUUCCUGUGGUUUGCCUGUGACUUUGGCUGGGCCAGCGACCCGUCCUUCUGCAGCUGGACAUCGGAGGACACCGGCUCUAGGUGGCAGAUCCAGUCUAGCGGGACACCCACCCUCAACACUGGACCCAACAUGGACCACACAGGUGGCUCGGGCAACUUCAUCUACACUUUAGCGGCUGGUACCCAGGAGACCGAGGUGGCCCGGCUGGUCAGUCCUAUGGUCAGCUCACCCGACUCGGACUUGUGCGUGUCCUUUUGGUACCACAUGUUCGGGGCGCACAUCGGCACUCUGCACAUCAAACAGCGAAAGCAGACCGUGGACGGACUGGCUGACAUCCUGCUGUGGACCGUCAGUGGUCACCAGGGCAACCGCUGGCGGGAGGGGCGUGUCCCUGUGCCUCACUCCAACAAACCCUAUCAGGUGGUAAUUGAAGGACUGGUGGAGAGAAAGAGCUGGGGGGACAUUGCUGUAGAUGACAUUAAGAUCCUCGAUGGCAUCAGCAUGAAUGACUGUAAAGAUCCUGAUGUACCCACUGAGCCCAUGCUUCCGGAGGACCGCUUCAAUGAAAUCAUUGAGGAGAUCACCGACUACCCAGACAUCGUGGAGAGCAAUGAGAUCAGCGGACCAGGCAACAUGCUGAAGACACUGGACCCGAUCCUUAUCACCAUCAUCGCCAUGUCCGCCCUGGGCGUCUUCCUGGGCGCCAUCUGCGGCGUGGUCCUCUAUUGCGCCUGCUCGCAUGGAGGCAUGUCUGACAGGAACUUAUCCGCCCUGGAGAACUAUAACUUUGAACUGGUGGACGGCGUGAAGCUAAAGAAGGACAAACUCAAUGUACAGAACUCGUAUUCUGAGGCGUGAGAUGGGAGAGAGAGCACUUGUGUGACUGGGCGACGUGCAGAUUGUGCACAAGACUUUAAGGCAUAUCCUCUCUGUAUCUGUGAGUAGGCGGGCUCAAUGGACUGUCAACACCGUAAACUCACUGAAUGAGGGACAGGUUCAGAAACCAAUGGGAGGUUUGGACUGAUCCACGCUUUUCUCAGGAGCUGCAGUAAAAAGAACCUACCAGUAGGGGACACUGUGUACAAAAUAAAUACAGAAAAAAUAUGUACAGAUGAUUUAGAUGAUAUUUUAAUUUUCUAUUUUGAUUUUCAUUCAUUUUUACAAUCGGAUGCUGGUGUUGAGACCAAUUUAUUAUAAUGUUUAAAGUAUUUAUCGUUUUCUGGGAGGAAACCUUUUUUAUUAUCAGUUCAUGAAGGCUGUUUAUUUUCAUGUUUUGAAAGAGACGUAUCAAAAUCCUAAAUGAACCAUAUCUGGCAAAACUGUAGAUUUGCCCCAUGGUGUGGCAUACAGUACAGGGUGUGCCCAUAACCCAUGACCCCUCCCCCUUCAUCCCUGUCUCUCUAAAGUGAGGGUCCCAUCCAUGGCAGUGUAUGGUUCUGACAGUGCCUUUAGUACAUCUUUGUUGGCCUCCUCUGUUGAUUUGGGUGUUUUUUACUGUACAUCACUUAAGUUAAAACAACAGGAAACAGGGGCACAUUAUCUGAUAAAUUUCUGCAAAACAGGAUCCAAUCCAUCAUAGUGCUUUUUUUUGUUUUGUUUUGUUUUGUUUUGUUCUUUUCUGUCCAAAACCCACACACUGUAAAUAAGUUUUAAUAUAUUUUAUUGUCCUUUUUAAAGAAAGUAAAAAGGAAAAAAGCUGCAGUAUCCCUUUUUUCAUGGGUUGUGUGUGUGUAAAUACAAUUGUCUGACUGUUUUGUGGAAGGUGCAGUGUUAUGGUUUUAAUUUUAGAUUCCUUUGCUCAGAAAGGGCAAGAUUUGUGUGAUGCUGGUGUUCAUGGCGAUUUCAGUGCACAUUCAAGCCUCGUGUCAUCAAAACACCCACUUCACAACAUCGCUGAAGGACUAAUGAGCCAAAAGGCAACAAGAACAAAAAAAAACAAAAAAACAAAACAACAACAAUUCGCAUUAUGAUCUCAUGGCAAUUAAACAUCUCUCUUUUUUUCUCCCCCUCUCUCUGUCAUUUUCCCCACCAGAUCUCUGGUGACCCAAAUACUUUUCACACUGCCUCAAACAUCUUAAAAUUGCUCAUAUUGAUAUUGGCAGAGGAGGAAGUAAAAGUAAAAAGUUAAGAAUGUCUGCCAACAAACCAAAAAACAAACAAAAAAAAACAAUCAUCAUUGCUUUGCUUUAGCUAAGGACUAGACUUGUUGGUCACCUCCAAAUGUCACUGUGGAUUGUUCACUGAAGAAGUGCUGUCUGGACAAUGCAGCUUGAAUGCACUUUGUCACUGAAUCCCUCGUAGUGGGAGUCUGUUAAAGGGGAGGGGGCGGGGCGGGUGGGUAUAACACAAUAACUGACGAAUGGUGCUAUCAUUACUCCAGCCAGUCACAUGAAAGUCAUGAUAACCCAGUUUGUGUUGUUCACAUGCUCUAUUGUAGCUUACGGUCCUUGGGGCCGCAAAGAGUUUUACGUGUUUUACAUGUAGCAGCCAUAACAUUGUGAUGUCAGAGCUGAUGUCAUUAGGAAGGGACACUGGUACAGCGGGGGAUCGAAUGGUGUCUCCUGAACCAGGUCACCCGGCCUCCCCCUCAGCUUUACCAAAGGAUGGUCACCCCCUUCUUGUUCGCCAGGGGUUCUCUCCAACACACUACGACUAUAGGACCGCAGUGCAACCACAGUCAUCACUCACACUGCAACUGAAGAUCACAAAAAAAGAAAGAAACAAGAACUGACUCCUGGCUUUGCCCUGUCAGAACCCCUCCCCCCCAAGAGAAAAUCAAGAGGGGUAACAAUAGGGCAACUGUAGAAAAAAGCAAUGUGUGAUGGCCUGUUUUUCUAUCUAUUUUUAAGCUUAAAAAAAAAAGUGCAUACGUCACCUCGAUGUGAACUCUUCAGAAUCUCUGUUGGGACCGGUGUUUGCAGAUUGAUGGAUGGGAAAGUCCCACCGCGAGAGUUUUUGGACAACCAAGGGAAGGGACUCGGCAUGAACUCAGUAUGAGAUUGACAGUAUCAGGACACAUGGGCCCGUAGGACCUGGAACUCAGUGGUUUUUGCACCACUACAAUCAGAGACUCGAUCCUGAAAAAGGGGGACGUCUUUUUACAUCAGUGUGCUUUGUAUGUCAUGUGCUGUGGUGAACACAUUCUCAGCUUGUUGGUUUCAAGUUCGACGUCCCACUCUCCGCAACCCCCACACCGUAAAAGUCUGCGCUUUCAGCUAUAGAAGCCUGUAGCUAAGACACCGUCUGCUAAACUAGAGAAAAAGGAUACUGUAGCGUGGACUCAAAAGAAACAAUGUUGCACUGAUAAAUAUAUUUAAGAAGUUUAUGUGUUUAUAGCGUUCAUUUGCAAAAAAAAGAAAAAGUCAAAAACAGAAAAAACACGUGUUGAUUUCUCUUUCAUCUUUUUUAUAUAUAUAGUUUCAGAUUAUGUGAUAUAAUUCUGAAAUGUAAAAAAAAAAAAUAUUGAGAUGUUUUCAUUAUUGAAAAAGGCAUAACAGAUUUCCCAACAGUAAUGUCCCUCCCCCCUCCAUUUACCUGGCAUAUUAUCGCUUCGUUUUGUACUGUCAUUCAGAUUUUGUGCAGAUUUUGUUUUUUUUUUUACAAGAACAACGACAACAAAAAAAGACUUUUAUUUUCAAUACUGCUUCUGUAAUUUGCUGUUGUAGGAAAAAGAUGAAUAAACAGCAAGGCCUUAAAAAUCAA